AGGGGGCUCGAGUCCGCGCUGGGGGCGCUGAUCGACGCCCAGAGGGCGGGCGCCGGCCUACGGUCCGCACCGGCUGCGGCCAUGGCUCAGAGGCCAUCGCGGAGCCCCUCCCGGGGAUCCAGCAGCAGCAGGUCUGGUUCCCGGUCGACGGACAAGGAGGAACCGCCCGUCACGGUGAUGCGCGCGGAGUUGGUGAGGGGCCAUCGGCCCGUCGUCGUGUCCGAGGUGCCCGUGUACGUGGCCCUGCGAGACCGGGACGGGAGGUUCUUCGAGGACAAGGGGCAUUGCCCCAACGUCCGCUACCGCUGGCUGCGCGGUCCGGUCAUCAAGCCCUGCUUCUUCCAUCCGCACAAGAUGUCGCAGGUCCAGGACGUGGCCAAGACGUACCAGAGUUACUGCUCGAAGGAGUGCUUCCUUCGAGGUUGGCACAACCUGCCCCAGCACCUGUGGGGCCCGAGGGCCGACGAGGAGACAUCGGAGGAGCCCAUUGCCGAGUGGACGGUCGUGGCGACGACUAGGAGCUACUGCCCCAGCCACCAGGACAUAGACCGGCCGCUGCGGCUGGACAUCUCCCCGAUCCUGAAGGACGGGACGGACUCGAGAUUAGGGAGCAUGUCAAUCACGACGGGCACCGUGAUCCCGACGCCGAAGGAGGCGCGGACGCGGCGCAUGAUUAGCAACGGGGGCACGUUCAAUGCCGAGUGGCUUAGCAAGCAGUUCAAGGUGAUGAACUGGAACGUGCUCGCGGACCUCUACGCCACGGAGUCCGUCUACCCUUAUUGUGAGAAGUGGGCUCUGUCGUGGACCUGGCGGAAGCACCUGAUCCUGAAGGAGCUGAAGUCGAUGACCGCCGACAUCAUCACACUGCAGGAGGUGCAGAAGGAUGCAUUCGAUGACUGGUUCAAGCCACAGCUGGCAGAGGCAGGGUACGAGGGCAUCUACCAGCAGAAGAAGAGAGAUCCGAUCUUCCACCGGGGCAAGUACACCGCGGAGGGCUGCGCCACGUUCUACAAGACGACUCGCUUCAAGAGGGUCGACAAGCAGGUGAUCGAUUACGACAAGCUCUCCGCGAGCGAGGUCGGCAUGCUGGAGGCCAACCCGCAGCAGGUGGACAAGUGCCUCCAGCGGUUCUGCAAGGGCAACAUCGCCCUCGCGGUCAUCCUCGAGGACUUGCACAUCAAGACCACGCACAGCAGCCAGGUGCCCGGCCCCAGCGGGGGGCACGUGCUCUGCGUGGUGAACACGCACAUCCUGUGCGACCCUGGGUCCGCCGACGUGAAGCUGUGGCAGGCGCACCUGCUGCUGCAGACGCUGAAGGGCAUGUCGAUCGGCAACAUGCCGCUGCUGAUAUGCGGCGAUUUCAAUUCUACGCCAGACUCCGCGGUGUACGAGUACCUCCGCAAGGGCAGCGUGCGCGGGGACCAUGAGGACCUUCGGAACGACCCGUGCGGCCUGAUGGGCAAGCUGACGCUGAGGCACUCGCUCUGCAUGGCGACGGCGUACCAGACCUGCAACGGCCGCGAGGCGCAGUACACCAACUACACGGAGGACUUCAAGGGCACGCUGGACUACAUUUGGUUCUCGCCCGACGCCCUCGCCGUCCUCGCCAUCUCGCAGGUCGACGACGAGUCGCAGUUGACGCAGGAGACGGCGCUGCCCUCCAGCACGAGGCCGUCCGACCACGUGAGCCUGGUCGCGACGUUCAUGUUCCACGACGCCCCCGCGGAGGCACCCGAGGCGCAGCCCACGGGUCUCCCCUCCGGCGCCGGGCGGGCGGGCGGCUGCAACGCAGCGGCGGCGCUGGCAGGCGUGGGCAUGUCGCAGGGCGGUGGCGGGGGGCCGAGCCCGUACCACAUGGGCAGCGCUGGCGCCCUGGUCGGCGGCGGCAUGGCGGCCCCCGGCAACGACGGCGGUCUCUACAUGGCCGGCUACCUCGGCACUGGCGGCCCGAUCACCGCGCCUCGGUACCUCUAGCCAUGCCGAGGCCGUGACGCGGCAGCGCGGGUGUAUUGUAAGGUGGGCGGCUCUUAGCGACCUCAUCCGACCCGCCCCGCGGGUCUGCCGCGGACGACCGGCCGGCGGACCCCCCCGCCGGGCGCGCGGG